GAGGAAAAAGUCGAGUCAAAGCUUCCGGAGCAAAUUACUACUCCGUUUGCGCAUGCGUCAUGGAUUCACCGGGGUACACAAUGGAGUCGGACGUACAUAGACACGACCGGUUUGAAUAUUAGAAGCCACGACGCCGUUCAAGCACUAGUUUAGUAUGAAAUAACCGCGUAGGUUCAAGCGAACAGUGGUGGUGAUACCGUCCACAAACGACUUGAUUUGAAAGAGUGCUGAGUAACUGCUGAUUUUACCUGCUGUACUGUAUCAGUGCUGCUAUUUUUCCAUGUCUUUGUCUGAAAGAGCAGUGAAAUAAAAACCGUCCGAUAACCGCCAAGAAAAAUGUCAGAGGUCAACAUAGUAAAGCGCAAGGAGAAGUGUGAGAACUGCACCAAACAGUGCAACAAGAAACAGGGUGAGGAUGGGGCUAACUCACACCAGGAGAGAGAUGAAGUCAAUGGACAGGUGCAUGAAGGAUCCCAGUUGCUGCUGAGUGCCUGUCUGUCCUGUGAUGGCUGUCUGUCAGUGGAGGAGAGCCUGAAGAUCUCUCAGCAGAGCCUGGAGGAAGUGGAGCGGGUGCUGACACUCAAUAAGAAGUGUGACGUGUCGAAGCACAAGGUGCUGGUAGCGUCGAUGUGUCCACAGUCUCUGCCUUUCUUUGCUGUCAAGUUUGGUCUGGACAUUACCGAGGCUGCCCACAAACUCUGUGGUUUCCUCAAGAGUUUAGGAGUGCAGUAUGUGUUCGACACCACUCUGGCGGCAGGCUUCAGCAUCUUAGAGAGUCAGAAGGAGUUUAUUCAGAGGUAUCGCAGGAGGCACCACGACUCCCACGCCUUGCCCAUGUUCACCUCCUCCUGCCCAGGGUGGAUCCGCUAUUCAGAGCGUGUCCUGGGCAGUUUGGUCACCCCUCAUAUCUGCACAGCCAGGUCUCCUCAGCAGAUCAUGGGCUGUUUGGUCAAAGACUACUUCUCUAAACAGCAGCAGAAGCUGAGUCCAGAGAAAGUCUACCACGUGUUGGUGGCUCCCUGCUUUGAUAAGAAGCUGGAGGCCAUUAGAGAGGAGUUUUACAGCAGCCUGCUGGAGACCAGAGAUGUGGACUGUGUCCUCACCUCAGGGGAGAUCCAUUACCUGAUGGAGCAGAGGAAGGUUUCCGUUGAGGAGCUGGACUCAGUUCCACUGGACCAUGUGCUGGGAGACGCUGAAGAUGUGGCGCUGGUGAGGCACGAGGGCCGAGGUUCUGAAGGCUUUCUGGAACACAUCUUCAAACAUGCUGCCAAAGAGCUCUUUGGUCUGGACGUCCAUGAGAUCACAUACAAGAACCUCAGGAACCGCGACUUCCAGGAAGUGACUCUGGAGCGGGAUGGGGAAACUCUGUUGCAGUUUGCUGCCAUCUAUGGUUUCAGGAACAUCCAGACCCUGGUUCACCGAAUGAGAAAGGGACGUGUGCCUUACCAGCUGGUGGAGGUGCUGUCCUGCCCAGGAGGGUGCUUGAGCGGCCGCGGUCAGGCAGAGAGCGAGGCGGGAGGCCGGGUGGAUAAAGCCCUGGUCCAGCAGAUGGAGGAGGCCUAUAGCAGCCUGCCAGUCCGUCUCCCAGAGGUCAACCCCACCGUGCACACCCUCUAUCAAGACUGGCUGCAGGGCCAGGACUCCCCGCAGGCCAGUACACUCCUGCACACCCAUUACAGAAAUCAGAGUCAGAUCCACACACAGCCCCCACACAUGCAGUGGUGAGGAGAAAGGGGAUGCUUUCAGACAUCAGGAAGUUGAAUGAGGGCUGCUUCUGGAUGAUUCUGAUUCUGCUUGGACCAUCUCAUCGUUCAUGCUGGCACCGUGAAGGACAAGCCGAGGACCAUGCUGCACACGGACCAGGUGCAGUUGUUCCGUUUGGCCACAGGGGGGCGAUGUCUGUAUUUGAAAUUGGUGGAUAUCCUGUGCCAACCCUGAGUCUGAGGACAAAUGAAGGUCCAGAGUCCAGAAAAACACACAUUUACAUUUUCUGCAGACUGAAGCAGUGAUGUCAGUAAGCUGCAGUUAAUGGCAAACAAUGAAUUAGGUACAAAGUCACCUGAUCCGCCAACUGUUCUGAGAAAUCAGGAAGUCUGUACAAGUGUGGACUAUUUAUGUCUAUUUAUAGAGCAAUAAGCCGCUGAGGAAACAUAUACAGUAUAAGAAGCUUUUAGGAGCCCAUGACCUGAACUUGUGGAUACUGAAUGUACAUUUGAGGAGUCUAAUGUAUUCCAAAUGUAAACUGUCCAAUAUGAUACAUGCUGUUUUACUUUGUGUUCAAGUUAUCUCCACUGUUCCUCACUGAAAGACAAGACACAUUGAUAACUAUGCAACAGUGUGAUCGUCUUAUCUCAACAGUCCUGGUCAAUGGAGAGUAAGGCUGCUGUGUGAUUCAAGAGGUUAAAGGCCUUUUAAUAACACAUUAUAACCUGACCUGUUUGCUUAUAUUUAACUACCAGCCCACUGUUUGGUUUAUCUGUCCCAGUGAAGAAUCAGUCAUUAUUUUUUAAUGGUACAGGAUGAUUUCAUUUGUAUUAUCACUUUGUUGCCAUUCCACAAACUAGUAUUUUUAAGUUAUAUGUUGUUUUUGUUCUUUGUUUUUACAAGAUCAAACACACAUGUUAAGCACUAAAAUACUCUGACAAAUGAGGUGUUGUUUCAUUUUAAUGUAGAGUCUCUGCGGGUGAUGUCAUUGUUCACUGAACAGCCUCUGCCUCCUGUUGAGUUAAAACUGUGGUAAUUCACAAAACACACUGUCAACAGUUUUUAAUUUUAAAGUUCUGAUGAAAACUUCUCAAUAAUAUAAUAUACUCUCUCGAAACUAACAAAUGUAACCUCUUUUUAACCAAUUUUUUUGUUAUUUGAGUGAAUUGAACCUUUUUAAAGGUGCUUCAUACAGUGUGCAAGCCGUAGUGCUGAAACUAUUUAUUUAUUUGAAUGAUCAAUUUUUAUGAUCAAAUUGCUAAAAUUAUUUAUCCUGCAAAAUUGGCAAACACACCGGUUCCAUCUUCUCAAAUGUAAGCACUUACUGCUUCUCUCUUUUUUAUAUCAUUGGUAAUUGAAUAUCUUUGGAUUUUGGAUUGUAUGUCAGACAAAACAAGCAAUUAGAAGACAUCACCUUGGGCUGUUGGAAAUAAUAAUUGGCCUGUUUUUUUUACUGACAUUUUACAGACCAAUGGAUUAAUCGAAUCUAUCUUUCUUUCCUUAUUUAUUUUGAUCCCCAUUAGCUUCCACAGAGUGGUUGUUAGCGUUACUGAGAUCCACACAAAAUAUAUAUUUUUUAAAACAAUUUAAAGGAAUAGGUUACCAUUUUGGAAAAUAUGCUUCUUUGCUUUCUUGCAGAGGCUAAUGUCUGUGUGUUAAGUACGAGCUGGAGCCAAUUAUCUUAGCUUAGCAUAGAAACUGGAGUCAGGGGCAAACAGCUAGCCUGGCUCUGUCUGAAGUUCAGAAAUUCACAUAACAGCACCUCACUAUCAUGUUUGUUUAAUCCGUGCACAAAAAUGAAAGCAAAAACAACAAUUUGCUGUUUUACAGAGAGAUAACGUGUGGUUAUUCUUGGUGAACAGCAGCAGCGCACCGUGACUUCCUGGUGUUUUGUCACCUUGAGGUUAGCAGGUAACCACCAGAGAGUCCAUGAAGUCACUUUAAUUAUUUGGUGCAUUUCCAGUUAAUUAAAACAAAAAUUAACAUCUAUGUGAGAUGAAUUAGUUUUUGUUCAGUAACUUUUUGAUCAGUCUCAUGUUGGAGGGUGACAUGUACCAGGCAGAAGAAGCCAGUUCUCAUCAUACAAUUCAUUUGUAUGAUGUCACAACCAGAAAACCCAGUGUAUACACAUUUUACACAAAAGAAUUGGGGUGUAUUAUUCCAAUUGAUAUUUGGCAUAAACAACAGAAGACUAGAUUUUAAUUUAGCCUACACAGUUAGCCAUGAGAGUCGCUUACAGAAUGCAUCUCACACACAUUAACAAGUAAGUAACAAAGAAGAACAAGCUGCUCUGUCACUGGGCAAAAAACGACGGGCUUCUUUAACAGUGCAGCCACGGCCCUGCCAAAUAUUUACACACCAUAGUACAUUUAGGUAUCACCUGAAACAAAUGAUGAUCUACAUUAAUUUUUUCAUGGAGUAACAUUCCAUCUUACCCUCUCUUUCACUUUCCCCUGCUUCCUUUACCUUCAAUCUUUUCAUCUCUGCAGGCAUGUUCAGUUUCACAACACCAACAGGAAAUCCCCCAAUCCGCUCCAGGUUUGGUGUUUGGGUUUAAAGCCAGAUACUUUCGCAUGUCGUGUUUGUUUGGAAUCAUUCCCUGAUGCGCAGAUCAGAAAGAAGCAUGCUAUGAUUAACUAUAGCUGUCAGAUGAAUGACAGUGGAACCUCCAGGAUGUCCUGCCUGUGGAUAUGUUUGAGUCUGCUCUAUGCUGCUGCUUUCCUACAAACCAGUGUCUCAUCAAAUAACGUAGUGUCUAAUCCAGGAGUGUCACUGAAGUGCAACAAAAGCGUGGAAGUUGCAGCUGGAGAAACAGUGACACUAAAUUGCACUGUAUAUUACUCCGAGUCAUUACAGCACUGUGAAGGUCUACGUUAUCUAUGGCGUAGCAGUCAUGGUGACAUCCAAUGCAAUAGUAUCUUGAUGAAAUACAACUGUGAAUGGGAUUAUCUGACUUAUGUGUCGCUGACCAUCUCAAAUGUCACGGAGGAGGAAACUUACACCGCUCACAUAGAAACAAACUGUGGUUCUGCUGAUUCAUCUGCCAUCAAAGUACAGUGCUCCAUUAGCCCCCGUGGUCCAGCCAUGCCAGCACAGGCCAAGCCUGAUGUGAAACCGGCCGUUUUGAGCAUUUUCGUCACCCUCAUUGUUUUGGCCCUUUUGUGUUUGCUGUUUGGAACUCACAGAGGCAGAAACGUAAUCAAAUGCAUCAAGAAGGAACAGACACGAGGAGACCCCAGUGACACUACUGGAGAGUGAAGAAUCCCAGAUUGCCUGACAAAUUCUGAAAUUUGUGUUUAAGCAUUUGUGUGUGGCAGGGGAAGGUUUAAAUGUUUGUUGUUCAUGAGUUAUUGCUCACCACAGCUGCCUCUGAAAAAUCAUACUGACUUACAUAAUUUUUUUCAGAAUCCAUUGAGGUCUUUGCACAGAUUCAUCCAGGUAAAUAUGCUAAGGGUUAUCUCAGCUCGGGCUUUGAGACUACAAAAAAUAAUAAUUGAAAGCCUGCGUUACGAACUUUGGCAUGGUCUUUGAAAAACAUGGGCAUUUACCAGGCAGCGGAAGUGUAGUAAAAUAUGUUAAUGAUUUGCAUUAUGGGAAAUGUAGGCUCCAGCAAUUUUUGGAGCUUGAUCUAUGUACUAGGGAUUAGGGAUGCUGGGCUACAACUUUAUGGAAGUGUAAUACAAAGCCUUUCAUAUUACUCAAUUCAUUCUACAAUAAAAACAAGCAAAGUAGGAAUCAAAAGUAAAUGUGAUACUGUAUGCUGUGAAAGGAGUGAUUGAUAUACUGUGUGGGCAGAUUAUGGUGCAUCUUACACGAAACAGUUACAGGUGAUGGAACAUGUCGUCAGAAACAAGCACUUCCACGUCUUUGAUCUAAUGCAGCACACAGACACACCCACAUGUAGCUGGUAAACAUCAUGUAGUCACACACACAGUCAGUUUCACAUUGCCUUUGUACACGACUUCUCUUUUGAAGCAUUCAUGUGACAGUCAGCCUGUCAGUAAGUCAGGCUGCUGCGUCUUGGGCUGAGUCUGCGGUAGCCUGCCUGCAGCCCAGCUUUUGCGGGAUGAAAGCCCACUGGUGGAGCUGUGUGUUGGGAUUACUCUGCAUGCCUGCUGAGGUAAUACUCAGCACCUGGACAGUUUAUCAAGAUCCCUUGUCCAUCUCUCAGAAGACAAUCAACUCAUCUGCUGAGAUCACAUGCUCCACAUCAUUGUCUGACCUGAUAGGGUUCAACCUCCGCAGGCGCUUCCAUGGCGAAGGGGACGUUGUGUUCCUGUCCUUGGAUAACGGACAAGUCACCAAGAAUACUAUAGCUGCGGAAUUUACAGACCGAAUUCACAUAGCUCAAGACCAGCAGAUCAGGGAGGGCUAUGGGUUCACCUUGCAGCUGUCUCUGCUGAGGUUGGAGGACACAGACUUGUAUUACUGCGACUGGAAACGCUAUCAAUCAGAGAAGGCGAUAAUAGAAACCCUGUCCAGCAAUGGCACCAUUAUCAUUGUCAGAGAGAGAAAUCCCCAGAAGCAAUGCACCUACUACUUUUUGGAUGUCCUCCUUAUUGGCUUGAGUGUGGCAGCAUGCACUGUAUUGUUGUUCCUCACUGGAGUAGUAGGGAUUGUGAGAUACAAACGACGAUUUAAAAAGGACUUCAGACCUGCCAGAGCUGUAGCACCAUCCAGACCUAACCGGCCUCAGCAUGUCUGUCCUCAGCAGAGAGCUCAACAUUGUCCCUACUUAACCACAUCUGAAAAUACUUUUGACUUCAGGGGCAUUCUAUAAUGCUAAGAGUCGAAGCAACGAUAACAAUAAGAUGAUGAGUCUUUGGAAAAGUUUGUGUCAACUUACAGUAAAUGUAUUGCAGAUGAUUGAGAUAUUUUUUUGUGUCAGCAGCUCCCGUAUGUGCUCUAGCCAGGAAAGGUGUUUCACUGUUUCCACUGCUUCUCGUUGCCUUUUAUAUAGAAAAUUGUGUUUUGUUUGCAGAAACAUGAUUGAGCUACCACAUCCUGGCUGAUGUGGGGUGUACAGGUGUGAUGCACGUGAACAGUGAAGAAAAACUGCACAGCAAGCAUUUUUGUUAUUCUGCUGUAUGUGCUGUAUUACAUGUGAGCUUGACCUGUUGAGUUCUGCAGUGUGCUUAGUCUUAGUGUUUCCUUUGUGUCUCAUGAAAGGAUUAUGAACUUUAAAACAAUUGUGAACCACAGUUUUCUGCCUGAUUUGAUAUGUACAUUAAAUCUGAACUUUUUCCA